AUGGGUUCCACCGUGGAUUGGAGCUCGCCCGGCGCCAUCGCGACCACCUUGCUGGACGGCAACCCGAUUGCCAUUCUCAUCACUCUUGCAGUCGCCCUGCUUUUACCUACAUUGCUUCAUUACUCUCUUUAUCGCAAAGCAGCAAACCCUGCCUCGUCAUCCUUUAUUCUACUCGGCCCGAGCGGUGCUGGUAAAACAUCUUUCCUCACAUCGCUCGAGUCCGCUUCGCAACGAGCGAAGACAGCAACGCCUCGCACACAUACAUCUCAAAACCCAGCGUCGACAACCAUUGUGCUCCACCCCUCAGUGCCAAUCGCCUCGAACCGAUACCGAUCAGUCAAUGAUCCUAGCCUAUCGGAGGCCAAACGAAACCCCGUCAAAUAUAUCUUGAGAGAUACCCCCGGCCACGGAAAAUUACGUUCGUCGCAAUUAUCACAACUCCAGAAUGAUUUGAGUUCAAAGGAAAAGUCGCCCAUUCGCGGCCUCAUUUACUUUGUUGAUGCCGCAUUACUGGCAGAUGGAGCGGAAAAUUUGAGAGACAGCGCUGGUUAUCUGCACGAUGUUCUCUUACUCCUACAAAAGCUUGUAUUAAGCAAAAACAAGUCUCUUUCAAAAGCCGGGGCUUCUAUCUCCGUUCUUAUAGCAGCGAAUAAGCAGGAUCUAUUUACCGCUUUGCCAGCUGGAUCCAUCAAAGAAAGGCUUGAGCUUGAGAUUGACCGCAUUCGCAAGUCUCGCCAAAAAGGCUUGAUGGAUGCUAGCGCCGGAUCUUUGGAUAACGAGGACGAUGAAGACCUGCUAGGCGGCGACGAUGGACAGGGCACUUUCAGCUUCCGGCUGUUGGAAAAUGAAAUUGGCACCAAGGUUGACGUUAUUGGAGGAUCUAUCCUCUCCGAGGAAGGUCAGGACCCUAAAUCUGGUGUGCGGGCAUGGGAAGAAUGGAUUGGAUCGUGUCUAUAA